UACUGUGUCUGAGCGGUGGUGUUUGGCCCCUGGUAUAUAAAUAUACAUAUGUUCGAUAUUCAGUCAAUCUUGCCGUGUUGUGGCCGGGAUAAGUGCUUCUCUUUUCUGGAUCAUUAUAUAGAUUAAUCUGGACGUCCGUCAGUCUUUAAGUUUAUUCCUCGGUGACAUGUAUUCAAAACAUCUUAAUUAGCUGACCAAGUGAAAUCACCCGUAGGAAACUCUAUAUGCCAUUCAGGAUGGAAAUUAUAUUGAAGAACGAUCGUUUUCAUUCAACAGGUUGGCUGUUAACUUCAUUUCUAAUAACAUCAGCGGCUUGCCUUCAGGUCGGCAUGGAUAGGGGAACUACAUCUUGUUUUCAAAAUCAUGAAACGGUCAAGUUCUCUGUUGAGAAAGGCGACUUCGGGUAUGUGACAUCAUACGAUUAUCCCGACAACUACACCUCGGACUUUUACCUCGGGCAUUCGUGCAAUGUAGAAAUAAGAGGCUGUAGUACCUGCAAAGUAAAGAUCACACUAAUGGACGUAAACUUCCCAAAUUGUCCUGCUGUCCAAAAGUCUAAGCACAGAAAUCUAUGCAUUCCGGGUUGUGAUCAUCUCCAAAUCCACGAGGUUGACCAGCCUUAUCACUCCAAAAAUCUCAGGAAUUUUCACGCUGGCAGCGAGGAAGAAUACAUUUCCAUUUCUUCUAAUGUCAAAAUACGUCACUGUAUCUCCAAUGGAACCGGAACUACUGGCAAGCGCUUCCGGGUCAAGUAUGAGGUUGUUGAAAAAGUUCAGCAAAUCCGAGGAACCGUGUCCUCCUCAAUGUUUGGAGGAGACAGAGGGGAAAUAUCAUCACCGAAUUUUCCCGACCGCUACGCUCUGAACGACGAAACGUUCACGUACAUAAUAACCAACCUAGAUCCGUACGGCAAAAUCCGGAUUAUAUUUGACGACUGGGAUUUGGCGUCCGUCAGCACUCUUCAGGUUUAUGAUGGACCACGAACAACUUCGCCAUCAAAAGUAUACACACGGCACGAGCGCCCGGUGCUAGUUUCCAAAUCGAGCACGAUCAUCCUCGUUUUCAAUACUGGAAGUUCCAAACAUCGGUGCUGCCACCCCGUUGGAUGGAAAGCUAGCUACCAAUUUGUCUCUAGUGGGCAGUGGAAUACAAUGCCUAGCACUAACUGUAGCAAAAUAAUAGAACACUCAUCUGGAGGGAUUCUUAAUCUGGAUUACCUAACUCCAGGAUUACCCGCUAUGUUUGACUGUAUCUGGAUCAUCAGAAAACCAGCCAAGAAAAAUCCAGACGGCAUCCUGUUGAGAUUAACAGAAAUCGUGUUUGGCCAAGGAUGGGCCGAGUAUCCAGACAACAGUUUGGAGGUUAUAAGCGGCACGACUUCCAGAGGCGAGUUGUUGGGGAGGUACUCCGCGACCAACAUGACGAUUGGUCAGUGGUUUAGUUCAGGGCCCGGAUUAUACAUCAGGCUGAGGGGAGCGAUCUCACGCGAGGACAGACUCAACUUCAUAUUCACGGCUGUUGAUAAUGUCACAGACGAUGGGUGUCCGAGGAGAGGUGAUUACCUGUGUAAGAACCUGUGGUGUAUCGACAAAUCCUUGAGGUGUGACAAUGUAGACCACUGUGGAGAUAAUUCGGACGAGAGUCCAGAUACCUCGUGUCAAUUUGAUCAAAUUUGGAGACUAGGAAUAAAAUGGAAGCUUUCCGAUUCCUCCACCAAAGACCCAUGUGCUGGAAAUUUCAAAUGUGGCGGGAACAAAUAUGAUUGCCUGCCUAUGUCACGUGUGUGCGAUAGAGUCAGCGACUGUUUUGAUGACUCCGAUGAAAAGUGGUGCGAACCCAAUCGUCGGUCACCCCUGACCGUAACAUGUCCACAUUCCAAUCCAGCGCAAUCCACCUCUAAACUAAAGACAAAAUCUUCCGAUUUUGGGAAAGGCGAAAAAAACGUUCCUUGCCUUUCCUCUUUCCAAGAUAGUACCAGGAUUUCUAGGGCCGAUAUCGCUGGAUGCGACUCGAGAUUUUUGAUGAAACUUAGCCAUGAAACAGUGACCAUUGAGCUCAAGAAUGGGACACAGGUGCAUGGAACUGUAACAGGUGUGGAUGUAUGUAUGAAUACCCAUCUAAAAGCAGUCAAAAUGACCAUAAAAAACAAAGACCCAGUACAGGUUGAUACUCUGAGUAUACGAGGGAACAACAUCAGAUACUACAUCUUACCAGACAGUUUACCAUUGGACACCUUACUGAUUGAUGACACACCAAAAGCCAAACAGAAGAAGGGCAGAGAGGGUGGUAUGAGAGGCGGUCGUGGCAGAGGAGGGAGGGGGCGAGGAACCAGAGGAGGGAGGGGGCGGGGGCGAGGCAGGAGAUAAACCAGGUGUUCUACAGGUGUUCCACAGAAGGUGUGAUAGAAAACUGAGCAGGUGUCCCAGCGAAUGCAAGAUACUGAUAGUGUGUGAAUGUGUGACUGUAUUCAUGAUCAUGGACAUCAUUUCAUGGUUUACAAGUGAAGAAUCAUCUUUUAAUGUCAAUGUGUUCUCCUAAAGGGAUACUUAGAAUUUUGCAAGGAGAUGAGGAUUUUCUCUAUUGUUUGUGGAUGUUAGAGUUACCCCUCUUUGUGCUAGAGUGGUAGCAGCUGCAGCAGUAUACAGUAUACUACUUGUUGUACAGUCUUUUUUUAUGAUGGAUCUAUUUGUACAUGUCAUUGAUUAAAAUGAUACUUUAAUCUG